CGUCGACGGGCACACACGUGGCCAUGGGGGGCGGGGCGUGUUGUGCGCCUGCGCGCCGUGUUGUGCCUGGGCCCCAACAACAGUGGGCAGCAGCAUCGGUGAGGAGGACGGGCAGUGGCGCUAACCCUGGCACCCCUCGGUAGGCUGGAGGCGGCAUGAUGUUCCCGGCCCUAAGGAGCUCCCGGUAACGGUGAGAGCGAGUAUCCGGAGGGGGCGGGGCCUGCGUGACGUCACGGCAGACAACCCUUAAUCAUAACAAUACACUAUACAUGCAGGGGGCAGUGCAGGAACAGACAAGAACUGAAUAUGGGUGAGAAAAAGCCAGAGCCGCUGGACUUUGUAAAAGAUUUCCAGGAAUAUCUGACACAGCAGACGCAUCACGUCAACAUGAUUUCUGGAUCUGUGAGUGGUGACAAGGAGGCAGACACCUUACAAGGAGGGCCACAAAACCACGAUGUGCUCACCGCUAACUCUCCGUGCCUUGCUCUACCGGCAGCUGGGACAGACAGUGAUCAGAAUGGGCUGGACCACCCGUCUGUGGAGGUGUCCCUGGAUGAGAGUGCGGGGAUGCUGGUGGAUGGCUUUGAGAGGACAUACGAUGGGAAACUAAAAUGUCGUUACUGUAACUAUGCCAGCAAAGGCACCGCUCGCCUCAUAGAACACAUUCGCAUACACACAGGUGAGAAGCCACACCGCUGCCACCUGUGUCCCUUUGCCUCAGCCUACGAGCGACACUUAGAGGCUCACAUGCGAUCCCACACUGGGGAGAAGCCUUACAAGUGUGAGCUUUGUUCCUUCCGCUGCAGCGACCGCAGCAACCUGUCCCAUCACCGCCGCCGCAAACACAAGAUGCUGCCUAUCAAAGGAACACGCCCAUCCCUUGGCAACAAAAAAAUGUGGGGUGUCCUUCAGAAGAAAGUCAGCAGCUUGGGCUACAGCCGCCGAACUCUCAUUAACCUCAGCCCGCCAUCCAUGGUGGUGCAUAAGGCAGACUAUCUAAGUGACUUCUCUCAUGAGAUACCCAACAUCCAAAGUGAGGCCUAUGAAAAUCUACACAAGGUAUCACAUGCAGCAGGAGUAUUGUCAAGGGACCGCCAAGAGCUCAUGGUGGACAAUCCCUUAAACCAGUUAUCCACACUGGCAGGUCAACUAUCCAGCCUUCCGCCAGACACCCAUAACCCUGCCUCCCCAGACACAGGACCUUGCCCUGAUGAGAAACCCUUCAUGAUCCAACAGCCUCCGGCACCAGCCUGUGCCUCUGCCGUCUCCACCAGUGUUCCCCAGAGCUCCUCCCCAGCCAGCCCGGAGGUCCGUCCAGCUCACAAUCACAGGAACUGUAGCCCUAUGGCCGGGCCCAGCAGUGAGCGCAGCGGACGAACCAGCACGCCCAGCAUUAGCAACAGUCAACCCAGCACGCCAGCCCCGACUCUACCAGUGCAGGACCCUCAACUUCUGCAUCACUGCCAGCACUGUGACAUGUACUUUGCAGACAACAUACUGUACACAAUCCACAUGGGUUGCCAUGGUUUCGAAAAUCCUUUCCAAUGCAACAUCUGCGGUUGCAAAUGCAAAAACAAGUAUGACUUUGCUUGCCAUUUUGCUCGAGGUCAGCACAGCCAACACUGACUUCGAGUGGCCUUUUUACCCCUCCCCCCUUUUUGUUUUAGAUCACUCCUCGGGAGACGGUCUGUCUAUAGAGUGCCUGUCAUUUGAGGAAUAUAUAUAUAUAAGAUGUAAAUAUGUAUGUGUCUCAUUUGAUCCCUUGAGCUGACUUGAAGAUGGGAAGCGCAAGUUGGCUUUCUUAUCAGUAUUGAGGGAAGGGACUGAAGGAGUGGUUGGGAAGGUCAUGGGUGUAGAUUGCUUCUGGGAGGCCAAAUACCUAUAAGACGGACUUUUAAUCUUGGAAGAGUGUGAUAUUUGUGGAUAAGGCACCUAAUGUUUAGCUGUCUUACCAAACGUCUUCUGUCCCGAUGUGCCUCAAGGUAGAGAGCAUUGGGGGACCUGCCAUACAAUAAUUCAUUUCAAUUGUGAGUAACGCCAUCAUUAUUGUACCUAAAGGAGGUAAAAAAAAAAAAAAGUGACAGUUGGAAGUAUUCAUGAAUGUUGUAAUCCCCUUCAGUAAUGCUGUGUGCUCAUUUUACUUGUGCAAAAUUGGGAGAACACAUUUAACUAUAUAGUGGCCUCUUUCCAUGAAUUAGAGGGAGUUGAACUAACUUAAGUCUACCUAUGAUGGUUUCCAUCAGAAACAAGUGUUUGUAUGUUAUUAUAUAUAGAUAUAAAUUAAUUUGUCCUCACCGGUUGUAAAAUGUCUGUAUAGAUCUAUUCACUGGGUGUUUAGUGUUUCUCCAAAGAUUCAGACUUCUUUGUAAACCAUCUUGUUUAAUAAGUGCGUAUUGUCCCCCCUCUUCCCCAGUGUCCUCAACUUCUGCUCACAUAUCAUGGAUUGAUACUUGCAUCUUUCAGGAUGGAUUUUAACCUUUAAAAUAAACAGGAAAUGAAA